UACCGCCAUUGAAAAUCGAGGAACGGCAUUGGGAGCCGGUGGAGAAGGCGAUGUCGUGCUCCUUUGCGAUGGCGAACUCGCCGGUCUUCUCGCCGUCGCGUCUCUCGAUCUCUUGCAAGGGGUCGCCGGAGAAGGUGUCCGUGAAUCCGAGCUCUCCCCUGGCGUCCCCUCCGUGCUCGUCGUCGCCGUUCCGACAGCGGUUCGAGAGAGCGGCCAGCGGGCUGCGGGAGAUCAACACCGGGAUCGGCGCCUCCCGGAUAACCUUAGAUACGUCUUCUUCUCCUCCUCCGUUGCGUUCGUCUGCGUCCGGUUCGCUGUUGAAGAGGAGGAGGCCCGCACGGAUUGAUAUCCCGUUGGUGGAUGCGUUGCCGCUUGCGACCGAGGAUUCGGAUGAUUGGAGGGAAGUGGAGGCGCAGAGCGAGAGUUAUGCGGUGUGUUGCAGGCGGGGAAAGAAGAGAUUGGUGAUGGAGGAUCGGUAUAAGGCAAGCUUGGGCAUUGAUUCGAAUCCCAAAUUGGGUUACUUUGGCCUUUUUGAUGGCCAUGGAGGUAAGGGAGCUGCUGAAUUUGCUUCGGAAAAGAUGGGAGAGUACAUUGUAGGCGAAGUGUUGUCGAGCAGCAGUGAAGGCUUCAACGAUGUCAAUCAAGCUGUUUGGAAUGGAUACUUGAAAACUGAUUCAGAGUUCCUGAAGGAAGGAAUGGAUGGAGGGGCUUCCUGCGUCACUGCCUUGCUUAGAGGUGGCAUUCUGGUAGUGUCCAAUGCUGGUGAUUGCCGUGCUGUAUUGUGCCGCGCUGGUACAGCAGAGGCCCUUACAUCUGAUCACCGCCCUUCUCGUGAAGAUGAAAGGCAACGAAUUGCUAGCACCGGUGGGUAUGUUGAUUACUGCCGAGGCACAUGGCGAUUGCAAGGUUCCUUGGCAGUGUCCAGGGGAAUUGGAGAUUCACAUCUGAAACAAUGGGUGAUAGCAGAACCAGAGACACAGAUUACUACGAUUGAAGUUGAAUGUGAGUUCUUGAUUUUAGCAUCUGAUGGACUGUGGGAUAAGGUUAGCAAUCAAGAAGCUGUAAAUAUAGCUCGACCAUUUUUUCUUGCUGAUGAUGGCGAAGCACUGUUAGGCGCUUGUAAAAAACUCCUGGAUUUAUCUGCUUCAAGAGGCUCGCUUGAUGAUAUUAGUGUCCUAAUUGUGAAACUACAACAUUUCGUUUGAAAGAAGAUUAGUUCAUCUCAAUCUUACCUCUGUCUGACAACAAUACACAGCUUAUUUAGAAAAUUCUUUGAUUCUUUCGGAUUUCAUAGCGGUAGCAGGAUGAUUAUUUAAUUCGAAUGUAAAUUGAUAUGUACUAUUCCACGAAGGAAUACAAAUAAAACUGUACUUUGAUUACUCA